CCCAAAGCACCUGCGCCCCACCCCCCGAAAGCGGCGGCGGCGGCACCGUCAGACGCUGUCCCCGCGUCCGCGCCCGUAUCUGAACCGGCUGCGGACUACGACGCAGAGCUCGCCAAGCGCAAGGCCCGCGCCGCGCGCUUCAACAUCCCGCUCGUCCAGCCCGCGCCCGUGCCCACCGCCGUCGCCGCCUCGACCCGCUCGCGCAAGGCACAGCCCACUACCGCUGCCUUGCUGGACGACCCGAACAAGCUCAAGUCCCGCGCAGAGCGCUUCGGCAUCCCCGCCGCACCCUCUGCCAAUGGGGCUGCCCCUGCCCCUGCCGCUGGUGCUGGUGCGCCGCGUGGGCGCGAACGCAUGCGCGGCACAAAGCGCGCGGCGCCGCCUGCAGAGGAGGUUGACGCAGAGGAGGCCGAGCGCAGGCGGAAGCGCGCGGAGAGGUUCGGUGGAGCCGUAGCCGUCGCCGCCGCGCCGGCCGCCGUGAUGAGUGCGCGGUCGGGGUGAGCGGCGUGCGGGACGCGGCGAGGCGUGGCGCAAAAGCGCGAGGCUGCGCGCCGGAGCGGAGCGGAACGCUUGUGUCCUGUCCCUGUUUUCUUUUCUUGUUUAUCGUUCAUGCGUCUGCUCCCCCGUCGCGCGCGUGCGGCGUUCGUAAUGCAUCGAUGUUUUUUCACUGUCUCUUCGCGCGGCGCACACGGCGGUCGUGAAAGACUGCAGCUAGGUCGCGGUCCUCUCCUUGUCUCGCUUUUCUCGCUGGCUCUCUCGUUCGCUCGCCGGACAGACCGACCGACCGCACGCACGCACGCUCCGCGCAGCCCGAUGCACACCACGACGACGCGGAGCUCGCACGGCGCGGGGCGCUUCAACAUCCCGCGCACCGCCGUCGCCGCUGCUGUUGCUCGCGUCAUCCGCGCCGCGCCGCGCGUGCGGGCGGUUGUGGAGGCCGACGUGGUGGAGGCGGCGGUGCCCACAGCGGAUGCGGCGGGUGCGCGGUCGGUGGGAUGCCGGCAGCCGUCGGACGCUGUACUGUAUGUGCUUGAGAAGGUGUUGUAG